CUUGACAGGUGCUACAGCUACACUGAUCGCACGCAAAAGAUCUCUGGAAAUUCGAUCAUUCUUGACGUAAAUAUUUUACUUCGAUAAAGACGAAGGUCUGGACAACUGAAUGUAAUACAGAAAGAUCAUUACUAAAAUGCAUGUCCUGCUCAACAUGCCGUGAUGAAAUAACAUUACUACCGAGUGAAGCAAUACAUGAAGUAAUCACCAUAUAAUAGCAAGCAAUUAGCUUUGAACACAGCAUAUAUUAUUGUUGGCUUUGAGAUGGUAAUUGUUGGUAGUCCACCACUCCCCCAACUCCUGUAUCACUGUGAGCUCUGAACAUCUUUUAGCAUAGCUAUAAUGUGGUGCAUUUCAUAACACCAGUUGGUCAACAGUGUGUUUUUGCUUAAAGGGAAGAACUUCACAUUUCUUCUUAAAGAGCAGAGCUUCAUGAUUUCUGUUUAAUGCAGAAAAUUUUUACAAUUAAAAGAAAAAGUAAAGUGAACAAUAUUUUCUUUACUUUCCUGUAUAUGGAUGAACAUGACACUGAUGGUAACAAAGCAUGGCGGGAAUGGUACAGAAAAAAACACAAACUUGAAACUGAAAAGAGACAGUUAGCAAAAGAACAAAGAGAAAAGGAGAAGAAGAGCAGGGAAGAGGACCAAAUAAAGAAAGAGAAACGAUGCAAAGAAACUUGGAUUGCAUGGUUACAAAAAAAGGAAGCAGCUAAAAAACAAGAAAAAAUUAAAAAGGAGUUGCAGAACUCUUUAUCAGUCGUGAGGCAUUCAAAGGAUCCCUUAGAACAACAAAAGAAAGUAGACACUUGGAUGGAACAAAAGUUAGCAGCCGCUAAGAGAAGUACCCUAUCACAACACGAGAAAGCAGAACAAGAAAAGAGGCAGCAACAGGAAAUGAUUCUGCACAAGGAAAAAUGUAAAAAGGCUUUUGAAGAAUGGAAGAAGCAGAAAGCUAAUUUCAAGAGACCAGCAUCUUGCAUUACAACAAACAGAGAUAAGUAUCAGUACACAGGUUAUCAGCAUCCACAACCUUGGCAAGACUGAAUGAAAGACCUUCCCCAUCAGCCUUUGUAUGUUUAAAUGUAGUAAAGCACCUGUACUUAAAAAUUUAUGUGUAAAUCAUAAAUUUUCUACAGAGCUAAUUACUACUUCAAAAGCAAUUCAUAUAAUGGCAGUGAGAUCUGGAUUCUUUUGCAAAUAUGAAUUGUUGUGCCAAAGGCUGAUUGGCGUAUACAGAGACGGCGCCUUCAUCAGUGCUUGAAUCUCGGUCACAAUUCAUGCAGAUGAUCAGAGAAAAUAAUCCCAAUGUUACUUCAGUUCACUGUGUUAUACACCGUCAAGACUUGGUGACUAAAACACUUCCAAAUGAAGUCAUCAACAUCUUAAAAUUAAGCAUCAAAAUUGGGAAUCAUAUUAAAAAGAAAGAGUGCUUUAAAUACCCAUCUUUUUACGGCCAUUUGUGAAGAUUUGGGAACAGAACAUAAAAGAUUAUUUCAUACGGAAGUACGCUGGCUCUCAAAAGAAAAUGUGUUAGUUAAAUUAUUUGAACUUAAAGUGAUUCGAUUUUUGGAAAUUCUAAACAAAACUGAAUUGUGUAUGGAACUCCGAAAGCCAAGUGUUCGAGUUGUGUUGGCCACAGUGUUAGACUGUGGUGUUGACUUACGUGUCAGAUAUUUUCGAUUCAUUGAACUCACUGAAUUUGAAAUUGCAAGGUGGAGACUCGAACAUAAUUUAUCACUGGGAUGCUAUCGCUGCGUAUACUGAUAAACUGCUACUUUGGGAAUGUAAAAUUAUAACCUGCUUUCCCAUAUUGUUUGGAAUCCUGGAAGAAGCACUCUUUACGGAGGUCUUGAAGAAGACGGAUACUACGAAUAAACUAUCAAAUCAUCUGCAGCAUCUGACUAAUGAAUUCAAGUGCUACUUUCCUAGCUCAUGUGAUAAUAACAUUUACAGACUGGCAACAGAUAUUGUUCACAUUGCAUACACUUGUGUCCAAAAUUAAAGGAACAAACGGAAAUUUUGCAAGGUUGCAGUCAUUUUGUCUCAAAACAGUAUAAAAAGGUGAUUAGUAAAGUAGAAACAGUGUAAAGAAUACAGAAUAUAAACAACUGCAAUAUGCACAAUAGUAGACAAAAAUGUUAAUUUUUUCAACUUAAUGGAUUUGCACGCACAUUUGCACAACUGGUUAAUGUGCUCAGUAUGGGAUGUGACCACCUCUGUCAGCAAUGCGGGCCUGAAAAAGGCGAGGCAUGCUGUGAACGAUGGUAUCUCAUGUUGAGGCAAUGACGUCCAACUUCGGUCCAUUGUUGACGACUCCACACUAAACGUUCCCUUCUGUGAAGGUACAUAUAUAGCAGGUCUCCAUGUCCUGCUUUCGUUCUUCACGUGGCCCUCCACCUUUCUGCUUCAUCUGUGAUUGAGUACACAGCGAUUGUGGUUGUGAGACUACCCGGCAAACAUCACUGUUUUGAUAAGUGCCUGGUGUCAUCGUUGGCGUGGUUGCCAUUGACUGCAAUGCCAUCUUCAGUACAGAACACAAUUGUACAGACAUCUGUUCAGAGUUUGCAUGAUUAUAUCAUGAAUUAUGUACAGGACGGGGAAAUAGCGAUUUGUUGUUUUAAUUUUGGGCACUAGUGUGUAGAUAUGCUGUCAGAAACACUGCUAGGACAAGCUUUGGAAAUUAAAAACGAUUCUGCGGCUAAAUAUGAAUUUGAGCAGAUGGGUAAGCCAUUAUUUUGGGUAAAAUAUCUGAAAGAUUACCCCAGCAUAGCAAAGCAAGCACUGCAUUUGUACUUACCAUUUAUAAGCACUUAUUUGUGCCAAAGGGCGUUUUCAGUAGCUGUAGCUAUGAAAACAAAAUGCAAAAUCGAGCCCAAUAUUACCAGUAAUUUACGUUGAGCACUUGUUUCUAUUCAAUCCAGAAUUGAAAGUCCUUGCAGAAAUUAUAUCGAUUUAUUAUUUUUUUAUUAUUACCAAAUGUGUUUGCAAAUCGUAUAUGUCUGCAAUAAAAAAAUUUACAUUGUAAA